AUGGAAGAGGUACUCCUCUACUUCGACCACGAGAGCUAUGCGACCGACGAGGUCUAUGACAAGACCAUCAAGAACCAUAUCACGAAGAUCACUCGUCUUUUCAAGGACCAGGCACCUGCGAUUGCGACCAACGCCCCCCAACUGCUAGAGAUCGUCAACCCCGCCAAACACUCGAUCUCGCACCUCGCGAUCCUGAACACGCUCAAGCACAUUGACGAGGCUUCCUUUCCGAUAUCAGUCGACGCCUUUCGCGAGCAUGUUGCCCGGUUCUUGUUGUCAUAUGACGCUCGACAGAUACGCUACGUCGGUGAAGUCUUUUACGAUUUGGUCAAGGAUGUCGUCGAGUGCAAGCUCUUCCCAGCUCGCCAGUCGAUCGAGAUCGUCGUUGCCGCCUUGAGACGACUUGACCCAGAUUCCGCCAUGCUCACGAGCCUCCACCUUGCAGUGGUCAAGCUAGCUUACGAAACGACAAAUUGGGACCAGAUUCUGCCACUUAUCGAGAAGCCCUGGAUGUUUCUUCCAGGCAUGAAGGAUCAGGCUCGUUCACAGUAUCUCUGCGACCUGACGGCUUCACCAGCUGCCUACAUCAGCCCAUCCACACAACUGACGGAUUUCUUGACCCGCGAAGGUGUGAUGGAGCACGAGUACAUCACCGCUAUGAUCUUUACGGCCAAGCAGAAAUGGACGAAUGCACACAAUGCAUACCAGAGAAUUGUCACUUGGCCGUCAAGAGAGUCGUCCGUGAGCAAGCUGAUGACCGACUCUCACAAGCGGUGGAUCCUUACCGGCCUUUUGGCCCUUGGCCAGACACCGACACUACCAUCCCACAUCAGCCCAAGUGCCCAAAAAUCAUACGCAACCCUCUCGAAGCCCUACGCGGAUGUAGCGGCCCAGUUCUCGACCACCAACGUAGAACAGCUCAAGACCGAGAUUGAAAAAGGGGCUGAGACGUGGGUGACCGACCAGACGACUACGCUUAUGAAAGAAGUCGUUAUGGCGUACCAGAAAUGGCAGAUACUUGGCCUCGCCGAUGUGUAUCACAAGAUUAGCAUCCCGGAGAUCCGUCAGCAGACGCUUUGCGCCGAGACAGCACAGAACCUCGAGACCGAUGGCGAGGUCGAGGGGCUUCUACAGGAGAUGGUCAACAUCGGAAUGCUCCAGGGAUCACUGGAGGUCAGUCCCGAUGGCAUCAAGUGUCUUACCUUCCUCCCAAGCGACAAGGAGAUUGAGUACACCGAGUACCAGAAGAAGAUCAAGGAUGACACGCGCAUCAAGACGCUUAACAAGCUCACUGAAGCGAGCGACGCUCGCCUGGCAGCCUCCAAGGACUACGCCAAGCAUGUACUUCGUGAGCAGAAGCGCCAGGACAAGGAUGGAGGCCAAUCCCAGAACGUCGAGCUUGGCUUCGAUGCAUCUAUCGAGGAUGAGGAUCUCAUGUCUGGUCUUCGGCAAGACUGA